AACCAAAGAAGGCCCUCUUGUCCUCUAGCCUCCUUUGACUCUGACGUCCGAAGUUCUUUUCUUAGUCCCAUGAGUUUCCAUGAGCUUCUAGGAAUCUUGGAUGGAAUAUUGUACCCUUGAACUCUCGGGAAAGAGGGUUCGAAGUAGGGGGUUUUGAUUCUUGUUCGUAUUGAAUUCACUCAGCUGUUGGGUUGGGUGCUGAAUUUGAGGAUUGACGAUUCAAGGGCGUCUUUGAGUGAUUAGGUUCUUGUCCUGGGGCCUGUUGAAUUGUCGGUUUUCAGAGCUUAUUGGGCGAAUUUUGAGGAGUGGUGUCCAUUGAAGCGUUUGGGUCUGUUCUUUUUUAUUUUGGUGAUUUUGUUGUAUCUGCAAAUAUUUUGUUCUAUCACAUUUGCAGAUACUUCUGGCAAUUUCAAUGUGGGUUCGGUUCUUUAAGACUACAUUGUACUGAAGUUUGGUUGUUGCAUCUGAGCUGCUCCGUUUUUAGCGAACUGUGUCUUUGACCAAUUAUUCUGUUCCAACGGUGGUUGUGCUCAUCCCAUGAGAAUGCUCUUCUUAUAGUUAUUGAUAAUUGGAUCUUCGAGACUGCUGAAUCUUGUUGGGGUUCAGUUCUUGAAGCUGGAACGGUUUCUGUUAGCGGUAUGGGGAGUAAUGGGGUUGGUCAUUCAUAUGGAGAACUAGAUGACGGAAAUAUUCCCAUCAGAAAAGAAGUGGAUCCAUCCUACAAUGAAUCAAGGACAGCCCAAAACUGUUGUCCUGACGAAGGCUUAAAUAUGGUGUCUUCGCGGGAAUCGGAAGAUCGGCAGGAGGUUAUGGACAAGCAGUCCUCUGUUUUAGAGAUUUCUUGGGCAGAAGAGAUGGAUGUUGGUUCUUCACCUGGAAGAGAUUUGGAGCAUUGCAUCACUGCUCCUGUUGGACAUCGGAGGAAUGUCCUGUUUGAUGACAUAGCAAUCUCUAGAUCAAUGAUGGAAAGAAGAGAAAGCCCGAGGCAUGAUUUAUUUGACAGGCUCUCAGAACGGGAGAAGAAAAAGCUGAUCAUAGAACUAGUGAAGAUUCAGAAGGAUGGAACCGUCGAAGUGGACUUAACCAAAAGUGCUCCUAUGGCUUCUGAAUUCUUAGAGCUUAAAUCUAUUGAAGGAUCACAAGUGAAUCUUGAGGAUACUUUUGUGGUUUUGAAUAAAUCAAUUCCGAAGUUGAAAAUCGCUGUACUUGUGGUGGGAACGAGAGGAGAUGUGCAGCCAUUUCUGGCCAUGGCAAAGAGACUUCAGGAAUUUGGUCAUCACGUUAGGCUCGCCACUCAUGCUAACUUCAAGAACUUCGUAAGAUCAGCUGGCGUAGACUUUUAUCCUUUGGGUGGUGAUCCUCGAGUUUUGGCAGGAUAUAUGGCCAGAAACAAAGGUCUUAUUCCAUCAGGACCAGGAGAAAUUUCCAUACAGAGAAAGCAGCUGAAGGCUAUCAUUGACUCCCUUCUUCCAGCAUGUACAGAACCGGAUUUAGAAACUGGCAGUCCCUUUAGAGCUCAAGCGAUUAUCGCAAAUCCUCCUGCUUAUGGACACGCUCACGUUGCUGAAGCUCUUGGUGUACCUCUUCACAUAUUUUUCACCAUGCCAUGGACGCCAACUUAUGAAUUCCCUCACCCAUUGGCUCGUGUUCCUCAAGCUGGUAACUGGCUUUCAUAUAUAGUCGUUGAUAUGCUAAUAUGGUGGGGCAUCAGAAGUUAUAUCAAUGACUUUAGAAAGCGGAAGUUGAAGCUCCCUCCUAUUGCUUACUUCAGCACAUACCAUGGAUCAAUCUCUCAUCUGCCAACAGGAUAUAUGUGGAGCCCUCAUCUUGUGCCAAAGCCAAGUGAUUGGGGCCCCUUGGUCGAUGUUGUUGGUUAUUGUUUCUUGGACCUUGGAUCGAAGUAUCAACCCCAAGAAGACUUUGUUCAGUGGCUUCAAAAGGGACCAAAACCAAUAUAUAUUGGGUUUGGGAGCAUGCCUCUUGAUGAUCCCAAGAAGACCAUGGAUAUCAUACUCCAGGCAUUAAAGGAUACGGGACAAAGGGGAAUAGUUGGUCGAGGCUGGAGCGAUCUCGGGACUCUUCAGGAAGUCCCGGAUAAUGUUUUCCUGCUUGAGGAUUGCCCUCACGAUUGGUUGUUCCCCCAAUGUUCCGCUUUGGUUCACCAUGGUGGCGCUGGAACAACAGCUACGGGGCUAAAAGCUGGGUGUCCGACCACGAUAGUGCCGUUCUUCGGGGAUCAAUUCUUCUGGGGUGAGAGAGUGUAUCAACGAGGCCUGGGCCCUGCACCUGUACCAAUUUAUCAGCUCAGCGUAGAGAGCCUCUCCAAUGCGAUACAAUUCAUGCUCCAGCCCGAGGUAAAAGCUCGUGCAGUAGAAAUAGCAAAACUGAUUGAGAGCGAAGACGGGGUUGCAGCCGCGGUCGAUGCGUUCCACCGACACCUCCCUCCCGAGCUGCCCCUCCCAACCGGUUCCUCCGAUGAUGAAGACAACCUGAACCCUCUGCAGUGGCUCUUCCAGCAGGUUGAGAAGUGGUGCUGCCUCCCUUGCAGCGACAGAUAAAUUGGUCUCAUCAUACCCUGCUAGUGCUGUAUAGCCAUGUUCCCAAUUUCAUUUUUUUUUAAAUAAUAAUUAGUUCUCUUAAUUUAUUUUCCUUUUUUUUAAAAAAAAAAAUUGAUUUUGUCAAUCAUUGGUCGAUUCAUUUCAUUCUUGGGCUUCUUGCAUGGGGUUUUUUGGGUAUUAAAAAAAGAUUGGGAUACCACGUAGCAUGUAGUUUCUCUCAUAGGUUGUAUUAAUUAAGUUUGGUCACAUAAUCGCAUUUUUCUUUUUUUGUUUGGCUUUUUUGCGUUGUACAAGAUCAUCGAAAUUAUUGGGCUGUGGUACAAUAAAAAUGCAGGUUGUGGUUUA